GAAGCGUUGAGUGUCUUCUUCGUAUCCUCCCGCGGUUCAAGACCGGGUCGACGAUGGCGGCGUAUCUCGGACAGGUUAGAGAUGGCGAGCGGAAGUUGGCUGGUCGGCAUUGCAUUUGCUCACUCUAGCCUCGGUCGACCGGUGUAUAGCCAUGUCCGCAGAAGCCAUCACCGUCAUGCUUCGGCAUGUUGGUGACUCCCGACCAAUGCUGCUCCACUAAGACCAUGACACUUGAUGUUUUGUUCUUGACGACGUACAACUUAGCUUCAAAUACAUCGUCUUUGCUGGCUUAUGAUGACUGCUUAACCUCACCGCGUUGCGCGCUUCACACGACGUUCGCUUGAUCAACAUGGUUUUCAUUCCUCGCACCUUGUGCAUUGCACUACUCACCGCAUUAUUGUCCUACCUGGGCAGCGCCAGUGCCUUCUAUGACAGCGUACGGUCACUUCAGGAUCGCAUAGGCAUUUCAGGCAACGCUUCACACGGCCAGGGGUCUUUGCCUUGGGCAGCUGCGUGUGAACUACUAUCCUCAAUUCAGCGUGACGAGACUCUUCUCCCUGGGACAGCUGCCUAUGAAGGUGCAAAAUCCAGAUAUUGGGAUCGUUCCCAAAAGAACUCGAAUCCUGGCUGCAUCUUCCAACCACGCUCUCCCGAAGAUGUAGCCCUCUCCCUCAUCAUCUUCCAACACACCAAAUGCCCCUUUGCGAUCAAGAGUGGCGGUCAUGGUCAAUGGCACGGCGAAUCCUCGAUCGAUGCAGGUGUGACCAUCGACCUAGCCCGCAUCGCCCACCUCGAGUUGGAUGAGAAGGCUCAAAGCAUAAGUGUUGGUCCAGGUAAUCGAUGGGUGGAUGUCUACACCGCUCUUGAGCCGCUUGGCUUGACGGUCGUCGGAGGCCGUUCUGCUUAUGUGGGAGUCGGAGGAUUCCUUCAAGGCGGUGGCAUUUCCUUCCACUCAAACCUUUAUGGGUGGGCGCUUGACAAUAUCAAGGAGUUUGAAGUAGUUCUGGGCAACGGUACUAUUACUCGGGCCAGCCACACUGAAAACCCCAAAUUGUACAAGGCUCUCAGAGGGGGUGGUGCCAACUUUGGCGUCGUCACCUCGUUCGUUCUCGACACUCAUCCUUACACUGGAGGCUGGGGAGGGAUAUGGGCCACUACGCUGGACCACGAGGAUGCCGUUAUCGAAGCGUUCCUGGAUUACGGGAAACAGGUGGAAGAGGAUCCCAAGUCUUCAUUCGUAGCUUCGAUCCACUUCUACGAAGACCGGUGGAUUUGGGCAGUUGAUUUAUUUUACUGCGAUGGAGUGACUUCACGGCCCGCAGCUUUCAAUCAGCUGUAUGAGAUCCCGGCGAUCCAUCAGACCGCGGGCCCCAAAAGCCUCUCUAAGAAGACCUGGGAGAUGGCCCAGUCAUACCCAGAGGGCGAUUACAACACCAUGUGGGUUUUCUGCACAAAAGUAGACAAACGACUGAUCAAGGUUUACUCUGCUGCUUGGCAGCGUGAAGGUGGCAAGCUGGUUGAUAUCAGUGGCAUCAGAAUGACUGCGGUGGUCCAGCUCAUUACAACUCCAACGGCUUCGUUCUUUAGCCGACGCGGCGGGAAUGGACUGGGUCUUCCUGAUAACGAACCGUUCCUGAUGUUCAACAUCGAGCCCCACUGGCAAGAUGCCACGCAGAGUUGGCGUGUGUACCGCGCCAUGAAGAGAGUGGCUGAUGAAGUCAGUGCUGAGGCUAGACGUCUGGGACUUGCAGUCGAUUACACAUACAUCAACUAUGCCAGCCAGUUCCAAAACGCGUUCGGAAGAUCAUCUGAGGGAAGUCCUGCCGAGAGUAAGAAGUUUCUUGCAGAGGUGUCCCAGGAAUAUGACCCCCAACGGGUGUUCCAAGACCUGAGAGGCGCUGGAUUCAAACUUGAGGGGCCAUAUGUUUCACAGGCUCCAUGA